UGGUGUGGUGACGUCACGCGACAGGCAUGUGUCGACAGUUUUAACGGUCAACUUCAGACACGAUUAAAUCAACAACGCAAAUCGAUCCUAAACAGCAAACAUCGGUAGAAGGAAUUUGUAAGAGCAAUUUUCCCCCAUCUCACAAAGACGCUCCUCUCCUUGUGGUGCUAAACGUUUCCGCGUUCAAUAGCUAGCUAGCUGUCUGUAGCGAGUGGAACACAUGGAUAACUUUGUUUUGUAACUUCGGUAGUUAGCUAAUUAUUAUCAUGGCCCUGUCAUUGUUUAUACAUUUCAGCACACCAUCCAGAUGCUUUCCAAUACAAACGUGUACGCGGUGUUGCCAAUACAGUACAGGAAGGAGCGUCCGUAUACUCGAUACCCCAGUGUUGUUGAAGAACACAUUGACUUUCAACCGCAGUGGUGGACACGGCGGAAAGCAACAAUACGUGAGGUUGAAGAGCUCGCAGAAGAGAUGCUUUUCAUCUGAAUGUGACGAGGUUGCUCAUCAGCAUGAACAUGGUGAUGUGAGAGUGAGGUUCGCUCCGAGUCCAACAGGUUUCCUACACCUGGGGGGGCUUCGUACAGCUCUCUACAACUACAUCUACGCUAAGAAGUAUGGCGGGAGCUUCAUCUUACGCAUUGAAGACACAGACCAGAGCAGACUGGUGCCGGGAGCUGCUGAGGCUAUAGAGGAUAUGUUGGAGUGGGCUGGUAUCCCCCCAGACGAGAGUCCCCGUGGAGGAGGCCAGUACGGUCCCUACCUCCAGUCCCAGAGGCUGUCCCUGUACAGCCAGGCUGCUGACUCCCUGGUCCAGACAGGGAAGGCCUACCACUGCUUCUGCAGCCAGCAGAGGCUGGAAUUACUGAAGAGAGAGGCCCUACGCAGCGGACAGACACCGCGGUAUGACAACCGGUGCAGACACCUCCGCCCAGAUCAGCUCGGGGAGAAGCUGGAUCAGAAGGUCCCCCAUGUGAUCAGGUUCCGACUGGAGUCUGGAGGGGAACCCUUCAACGACCUGGUCUUCGGAUGGAACCGGCACGAGGUGGCCCAGGUUGAAGGAGACCCUGUCGUGUUGAAAGCUGAUGGUUUCCCCACCUAUCACCUGGCUAACGUAGUAGACGACCACCUGAUGAAGGUCAGCCACGUCCUGAGAGGAUCCGAGUGGCUCAUCUCUACCUCCAAACACCUGCUGCUCUACAGGGCUCUGGGCUGGAAGCCCCCGGUGUUCGGACACCUUCCUCUCCUCCUCAACAGAGAUGGCAGUAAGCUCUCUAAGAGACAAGGAGAUAUCUACAUACAGAGUUUCCAGAGGAGUGGGGCCCUACCUGAAGCACUACUGGAUAUCACCACACACUGUGGAUCUGGCUUCAACAGUAACCGUGUUGGUCGUAAGAUGGAGGAACUGAUCGCGGAGUUCAACCCGUCCAAGAUCACCACCCACUCUGCCCUGCUAGACCUGGACAGACUACCGGAGUUUAACAAGAUCCACCUGCAGCAGCGUAUCGAUGACGCGGCGCAACGCGAUUGGCUGGUGAGGGAUCUGCAGGUGCGGAUCCAGGAAGUGUACGGGACACAGGUCCAGGAUCAGGAUGUUCUGCAACCAGAUUACAUCACACGGGUUCUACACCUGCGCAAGGGUCAUAUCUCCUCUGUGUCUGACCUGGUGUCCUCAGAGUAUUCCUACCUUUGGGUUCGACCUUCUUUCUCUGACCAACAGAUGACAGCGCUCAGCUCAGAGACACAACACAUCGCUACUCUGGUCAUACGGUUGAUGGAAGGUCUGAAAGGAGGUGAGGAACUGACAGUCGACCAGCUCAGUGUAGAACUGAAGACUCUGGCUAAGAAGACCAGCAACACUAAAUACAGAGAUGUUAUGAAGAUUAUACGACUGGCCCUCAGCGGACUACAGCAAGGCCCCAGUGUAGCGGAGAUGAUGGUAUCGUUGGGGCCCAGUGAGAUCACACAUCGCUUCAACAGAGUUUUACAGCAGCUCUCACGGCAGCACUGAACAUUGUGGCUGCAGGGAACCCUAUUCCCCAUACAGUGCACUACUGUUGUCCAGGGUCCUACAGUGCACUACUGUUGUCCAGGGUCCUACAGUGCACUACUGUUGUCCAGCGUCCUACAGUGCACUACUGUUGUCCAGGGUCCUACAGUGCACUACUGUUGUCCAGGGUCCUACAGUGCACUACUGUUGUCCAGCGUCCUACAGUGCACUACUGUUGUCCAGGGUCCUACAGUGCACUACUGUUGUCCAGGGGCCUACAGUGCACUACUGUUGUCCAGGGUCCUGCAGUGCACUACUGUUGUCCAGGGUCCUACAGUGCACUACUGUUGUCCAGGGUCCUACAGUGCACUACUGUUGUCCAGGGGCCUACAGUGCACUACUGUUGUCCAGGGGCCUAUAGUGCACUACUGUUGUCCAGGGGCCUAUAGUGCACUACUGUUGUCCAGGGUCCUACAGUGCACUACUGUUGUCCAGGGUCCUAUAGUGCACUACUGUUGUCCAGGGUCCUAUAGUGCACUACUAUUGUCCAGGGUCCUACAGUGCACUACUAUUGUCCAGGGUCCUACAGUGCACUACUGUUGUCCAGGGGCCUAUAGUGCACUACUGUUGUCCAGGGGCCUAUAGUGCACUACUGUUGUCCAGGGGCCUAUAGUGCACUACUGUUGUCCAGGGUCCUACAGUGCACUACUGUUGUCCAGGGUCCUACAGUGCACUACUGUUGUCCAGGGGCCUAUAGUGCACUACUGUUGUCCAGGGUCCUAUGCCGCAAAACGUUUCGCUACGUUGUGCCAUAAUGAAUAUGACCCUGGUUCAUUAUUCUAACUGGUUACCUGAUUCUAACACAGCAACACUGAGGACUGGUUAUCUGAUUCUAGCACUGAGGACUGGUUAUCUGAUUCGAACACAGCAACACUGAGGACUGGUUAUCUGAUUCUAACACAGCAACACUGAGGACUGGUUAUCUGAUUCUAACACAGCAACACUGAGGACUGGUUACCUGAUUCUAACACAGCAACACUGAGGACUGGUUAUCUGAUUCUAGCACUGAGGACUGGUUAUCUGAUUCUAACACAGCAACACUGAGGACUGGUUAUCUGAUUCUAGCACUGAGGACUGGUUAUCUGAUUCUAACACAGCAACACUGAGGACUGGUUACCUGAUUCUAACACAGCAACACUGAGGACUGGUUACCUGAUUCUAACACAGCAACACUGAGGACUGGUUAUCUGAUUCUAACACAGCAACACUGAGGACUGGUUAUCUGAUUCUAACACAGCAACACUGAGGACUGGUUAUCUGAUUCUAGCACUGAGGACUGGUUAUCUGAUUCUAACACAGCAACACUGAGGACUGGUUAUCUGAUUCUAACACAGCAACACUGAGGACUGGUUAUCUGAUUCUAGCACUGAGGACUGGUUAUCUGAUUCUAACACAGCAACACUGAGGACUGGUUAUCUGAUUCUAACACAGCAACACUGAGGACUGGUUACCUGAUUCUAACACAGCAACACUGAGGACUGGUUAUCUGAUUCUAACACAGCAACACUGAGGACUGGUUAUCUGAUUCUAACACAGCAACACUGAGGACUGGUUACCUGAUUCUAACACUGAGGACUGGUUAUCUGAUUCUAACACAGCAACACUGAGGACUGGUUAUCUGAUUCUAGCACAGCAACACAGAGGACUGGUUACCUGAUUCUAACACUGAGGACUGGUUAUCUGAUUCUAACACAGCAACACUGAGGACUGGUUAUCUGAUUCUAGCACAGCAACACUGAGGACUGGUUAUCUGAUUCUAACACAGCAACACUGAGGACUGGUUAUCUGAUUCUAACACAGCAACACAGAGGACUGGUUAUCUGAUUCUAACACAGCAACACUGAGGACUGGUUAUCUGAUUCUAGCACAGCAACACUGAGGACUGGUUACCUGAUUCUAACACUGAGGACUGGUUAUCUGAUUCUAACACAGCAACACUGAGGACUGGUUAUCUGAUUCUAACACAGCAA